UUCCCCUGCCUGCUGACGGGCCAGGUGCUCCCUCCCUCUUCCCUCCUCCCUCCCCUGGGCCCUGCUCCCUGCCCUCCUGGGCAGCCAGGGCAGCAAGGACGGCACCAAGGGAGCUACCCCAUGGACAGGGCCCCACAGAGACACCACCGAACAUCUCGGGAGCUGCUGGCUGCAAAGAAGACCCACACCUCACAAAUUGAAGUGAUUCCUUGCAAGAUCUGUGGGGACAAGUCAUCUGGGAUCCACUACGGGGUUAUCACCUGUGAGGGGUGCAAGGGCUUCUUCCGCCGCAGCCAGCAGUGUAAUGUGGCCUACUCCUGCACCCGUCAGCAGAACUGCCCCAUUGACCGAACCAGCCGCAACCGAUGCCAGCAUUGCCGCCUGCAGAAGUGCCUGGCUCUGGGCAUGUCCCGAGAUGCUGUCAAGUUUGGCCGAAUGUCCAAGAAGCAGAGGGACAGUCUACAUGCAGAAGUGCAGAAACAACUGCAACAGCAGCAGCAACGGGAACAAGUGGCCAAGAGUCCUCCAGCUGGGAGCCGUGGAGCAGACACACUUACAUACACUCUAGGGCUCCCAGAUGGGCAGCUACCAGCGGGCGCCUCGCCUGACCUGCCCGAGGCCUCUGCUUGUCCCCCUGGCCUCCUGAGAGCCUCAGGCUCUGGGCCACCAUAUUCCAAUACCUUGGCCAAAACAGAGGUCCAAGGGGCCUCCUGCCACCUUGAGUACAGUCCAGAACGAGGCAAAGCUGAAGGCAGAGACAGCAUCUAUAGCACUGAUGGCCAGCUUACUCUUGGAAGACGUGGACUUUGUUUUGAGGAAUCCAGGCAUCCUGAGCUUGGGGAACCAGAACAGGGUCCAGACAGCCACUGCAGUCCCAGUUUCUGCAGUGCCCCAGAGGCACCAUAUGCAUCUCUGACAGACAUAGAGUACCUAGUACAGAACGUCUGCAAGUCCUACCGAGAGACAUGCCAGCUGCGACUGGAGGACCUUCUACGGCAGCGCACCAACCUCUUCUCACGGGAGGAGGUGACCAGCUACCAGAGGAAGUCAAUGUGGGAAAUGUGGGAACGUUGUGCCCACCACCUCACUGAGGCCAUUCAGUAUGUGGUGGAGUUUGCCAAGCGGCUUUCGGGCUUCAUGGAGCUCUGCCAGAAUGACCAGAUCAUACUCCUGAAAGCAGGAGCAAUGGAAGUCGUUCUGGUCAGAAUGUGCAGGGCCUACAAUGCCAACAACCAUACGGUCUUUUUUGAAGGCAAAUACGGUGGUGUGGAGCUGUUCCGAGCCUUGGGCUGCAGCGAGCUCAUCAGCUCCAUAUUCGACUUUUCCCACUUCCUCAGUGCCUUGUGUUUUUCUGAGGAUGAGAUUGCCCUCUACACGGCCCUGGUUCUCAUCAAUGCCAACCGUCCUGGGCUCCAAGAGAAGAGGAGAGUGGAGCAUCUGCAGUACAAUCUGGAGCUGGCCUUCCAUCAUCAUCUCUGCAAGACUCAUCGACAAGGCCUUCUAGCCAAGCUGCCACCUAAAGGGAAGCUCCGGAGCCUGUGCAGCCAACAUGUGGAGAAGCUGCAGAUCUUCCAGCACCUCCACCCCAUCGUGGUCCAAGCUGCCUUCCCUCCGCUCUAUAAAGAACUUUUCAGCACUGAUGUUGAGUCCCCUGAGGGGCUGUCAAAGUGACCUGGAGGAAAGACAACUUUCUACUUCCUUCAGCCCUCUGACCCGUCUCCCUGGACUCCCUUUGCCCAGCCCUUCCCUUUCUGCACUCUAUGAAGGUUGGUCUCCCUAGGAGUAAGCAAAUACUAAGACUGGUUUUCUGCCCUUAGGCUUGCCUGGUAGUACAACAGCAGCAAGUGAUGGAGAAAAUGCUUGUUAUGUUUGAUUUCCCAUAAGUUCCACCCUGGCUUCUGGAAGCUGUGGGGUGGAUAGGAUAUAGGAUGACCAAGUCAAACAAAAAACAGACCAGCAAACAGCAGGGGUAAAUCUGGGUACCUGGGAUGAAGAGAACUCAAAUCUAGGCUCAAAAGCUAAUAACAAUCCUUUCAAUACCUCAUUGUAUUUCCCCAUGGACUCCUCCUGGGGGAGAUGGAUCUAGCUCAGAGACUGGUGACAAGCAUCCAGAAAGACCUAUGUAUAAUAAGAAUAUAGAUUCGUGAGAUUUU